AUGGCGGAUGAAAGGAUUCAUCCGUCGAGUUAUGUGAAAUUGACAAAAGAACAAACGCCUCUCGAGGAGAUUCAACCCGGCGAGCUCAAUCAACCCAUUGAUGUCCCUCAAUUGCAUGUCCACAAGUGCAAUGAAUGUGGACAGCCUUUACCAGAAAGUUAUCAAGCUCCUGCAGAUGAACCUUGGACUACUGGGAUCUUUGGAUGUACUGAGGAUACAGAAAGUUGUUGGACUGGUCUUUUUUGCCCAUGCGUCUUGUUUGGACGCAAUGUUGAACAGCUGAGAGAAGAUACCCCAUGGACUGGGCCAUGCAUUUGUCACGCCAUUUUUGUGGAGGGUGGCCUUGCGUUUGUUGCAGUGACGGCAGCAGUACAUGGUAUUAUUGAACCAAAGACAACAUUCCUCAUCUACGAGGGCCUGUUGUUUGGUUGGUGGAUGUGUGGAAUAUACACUGGUCUUAUGAGGCAGUCACUGCAGAAGAAAUAUCAUCUCAAGAACUCGCCGUGUGAUCCCUGCAUGGUGCACUGCUGCAUGCACUGGUGUGCCUUGUGCCAAGAGCACCGCGAGAUGAAGGGGCGCCUAUCAGAUGAUGCUGUCAUGCCAAUGACAGUAGUCAAUCCUCCUCCUAUCCAAGAGAUGAAUGCUGCUGGUGACAGUCAGGAUUCAGCACCAUCCUCUGCUAAUGGCAAUGAUCACACCUACUUAGAGAUGCAACCUUUAUAG